AUGGUCCCUGUUUACUCCGUCGUCGCAUGGCUCGGUACCUACUUCUACAAGAACGAUGUCUACUACGAUUUGAUCGGCAACUGUUACGAAGCGUUUGCGAUUUCGGCUUUCUUUUCUCUUAUGUGCGCUUACAUCGCGCCCGACUUGCAUAGCCAGAAAGAAUAUUUCCGUGGAGUCGAACCCAAACAGUGGGUCUGGCCGAUCCCGUGGCUUCAGAAGUGUACCGGUGGACAGAAGGGCAUUUGGAGGGUACCACGCAGUGGUUUGACAUGGUUCAACGUCAUCUGGGUGGGCGUUUUCCAAUACUGCCUCCUUCGAGUCCUGAUGACUAUCGUCGCAGUCGUCACGCAAAAGUUCAACCUCUACUGCGAGGAAUCCCUCAACCCCGCGUUCUCGCAUAUUUGGGUACUCCUCAUUGAAUGUAUUGCAGUCUCCAUCGCCAUGUACUGCUUGAUCCAGUUCUACAUUCAGAUCAAGGAUGACAUCGGCCAGUAUCAGCCAUUCCUGAAGAUUCUGUCAAUCAAAUUGGUCAUUUUCCUGUCCUUCUGGCAAUCGACUUUGAUCUCCUUCCUCACCUCGGCCGGAGCCAUCAAAACCACCUCUAAAAUACAAAGCCCCGAUCUCAAGGUCGGACUGCCGAACCUACUCAUCAACAUUGAGAUGGCAUUCUUUGCCGUUCUCCACCUGUGGGCAUUCUCCUGGAAACCGUACUCGCUCAAGAACCAGCCAUCCGAAAUCACCGACUUCUACGGCAACGGCAAAGCCAGCUAUGAAGGCGGUCCCUUCGGCGUGAAAGGUGUGCUUGACGCCUUGAAUCCGAUGGACCUCAUCAGAGCGAUUGGACGUAGUUUCCGCUGGCUCUUCGUCGGCCGGAAGAGACGCACGAUGGAUCCCAGCUACCACCAAACCGCAAAUGACGCCUUCAACAUGAACGCCACCGAGAGCGGAAUCGAUUCUCACGGCACCGAGUACGGCGGCGCAGGUGCAAUGAUGGCCGGUGGACGCUACAGUCCCCCUGGCGAAGAAGGACAGGUCCUCCUGUCGCACGCUCAGCCAAGCCCCGGUGGUGGUCUCGUGCCUCCGCUCGAGGACGAAGCGGACCCGAAUCGCUUCUACAACCAUAACCGACUCAGCGCGACCUCCCUCCUGGAGCCAACAGCCACGCAUACCGCCCGGCCGUACUCUCCCUACGAGGACGCAUACAACCCAUACCUCGUGAACUCCCACCUAGAACAAGACCACUACCACGAAGCCGUUCACCCCAAUCCACCCUACCCAGACCAUCCUUCCGACCUCAACAACCCCUACCACACCACCACAACUCUUCAAGAACAGCCUCCCAUCCCUCUCCCAGAAUCCUACCAACCCCCUCCCCCGCACUACGACAGUGACCACCAACAACAACGAAGGUAA